AUGUCUGAUGAUACUCAAUUGGAUAAAAGAGUAAGUGAUCUAGAGCGACAGAUUUCAAUGUUUGAAAAAAUGUUGCUGACUUUAAGUGGUGCUCUAGAUCAACAUUUUAAAAAAUAUGAUUUGGUGAUAUCUACUCAACAACAGCAAAUUGUCGAUUUGAAUGCAGUUAUUUCCACUUUGCUCAAUGAUCAAUUCAGGCACACCGAAAUCACAAGAGAAAAAUUAUCUUCAACUUUACAUGGUAUCUCAGCAACUUCAAUUUCAGUUGCAAAUACAAUAAACACAGAACAUAGAGUUCCUUCUUACUCCUCAAUGAAGAACGUUUCAAAUCAAAAUUCAAUUUCAAUUUCAAAACCAAAUAAUGAAAGUAUAAAUAAUUCAAAUCCAGAUCAAAGAACUAAUUUACAUAUUUUACAAUCUUUACCAACAAGAACUACAACGGCAAGAACAACGACAAUAUCAUCGUCUUCCUCUUCUUCCACUGUGCCAACAACAGGACUAAACACAACCGCACCAACAACAAUCACAAGUUCUAAUGGCACUGCUAAUAAUGAUUCAUCAAUGAGUGAAAAUGCAGUUACAGAUUUAACUCAAGCUACUCAGCUAAUGAAUACGUCAAGUUUAGUGGGACCAAAUCAAACCAACACAUCUUCAACCGAUGCUAUCAAUGCAUCUCAUCAUGAUUUAAAUGAUAACAGAAUUAAUGUAAAUUCCAUUCUACAGCAAUCCGAGUCAACUGGUUCAUUACCAAUUCAUAUCGGUCGCCAAGAUAAUAAAAAUUCAUCAAUUGCUCCACAAUUCACAGACAAUCAUGAUAAUGAUAUUCAUUUCACUGAUGUAUCAAAUAGUGUAUUAGGGAACUCGUCAUCAACAGUUAAAAACGGUACAAAUACAACUUCAACAACAUUGUCUUCAUCAAUUGUCCAAGGUAAUCCCACCAUUGUCCCAUCGGUAGACGCAAGUUCACUUGCGAAAUCAAUUUCAAGUACAUCUACAAAUUCACCUUCUGUAACGAAAGAUGGGUUGGCAAUGUUACAACUAGGGAAAAACGAUUCUGGGAAUAAUACGGGCAAUAACAAUAAUGACGAAACACGAAAUGAAGGAAUUAGUGAUACAAAUGAAAAUCAGGAUGAUAAUGAAAUAAGUGGUACUGGUACCCCAAACAAUGAAGAUGACGAUAUUUUUAAAUCAAAAUCUGGCAGGAAGAAAAAGAAAAAUGUGUAUGUUGGCGAUUUCCAAUUUCUAAAAUCACCACAUUCAGUGAUGGAUUUAUGGAAAGAAUAUACAGAAGGUAUCAAUGGCCAACCAUCAAUAAGAGAAUUGGAAUCUAUAUAUCAAACUGGGUGGAGACGAGACCCUGCUGUGAAUAAAAGAUUUUCAAGACGUAAAGUACUCUACAAAGCAAUAGAAACAGGUUUGAAUCGCGGAUACAGUCUCGAUUACAUUAUAAAAAUUUUGGAAGAUUAUAGAUAUGUCGAUAGAAAUAAAAAUCAAAAAAGACCAAUUGGUUGGAUAUUCCAUUCGGCAAAUAUUCCAGAUAUCCUAAGAUGA